AUGGAGGGAGGAGAGGAAGAAGAAGACUGAAAACACAGUGCUCAGGAAGGGGGUGAACAAGCUGAGUGCCAACUGGAUAACUGGAGGCUUCUGGCAAAGUCCAACGUCUGUGGUGUUUCUAAGGAAACAACAGCAAAACUAAGUUCAGAGAGCAGAAGCUGAACUUUGUGGAAGCUUGUUGCUGCAUUAAGGAGAUGAAACUACAGUCAGUGGAGCGCAAAUAACAGGUAAACCUCACCUAGUUGGCACAGGCUGACCAAUGGAGGAUCACAAGACCUCAUCAGACAUGACAGGCACCGGAAGCAGCUCUGUUACCGAGGUAACAGCCUCACUGCUAACUGAGCUAGAGCAGAGUGCACAUUCAACCCUCCAGUUUGACAGUUUCCUGAGGAACAGAGAGUUAGAGAGGUCAGAGAGGAGCCUGCUGCUACAGCUCUAUAAGCUAGCCUCGGCCUCCCACCUACCCAGCAUGCAACACUCCCAGAGGCUGGACCACAGACUCCACAUGCUCAGGGAGGAGGUCAGGACCAUGGCCCAGGACAAGGAGCGAGAGGAGCGGGUUUGGAGGGAUCGCCUGCAGCGCUGUCAGAGGCAGCUGAAGGCCAAAGAGGAGGAGAUGAGUCGCCAGUCCCAGUACUUCGAGAACUAUAAAACACAACUCCAGCACAAGCUCAGCCUGGCCCGGGACAAAGAGCAUAGCCUACAGAACAGGAUCUACACUUUAGAAAAAAAGCUACUGGACAUGACUGUGAGUGCCGCCACUGGCAUGGCAACGAUCAGUGCCGUCAGAUUUACUGCCGAGGCUGUAACACACUGGGAAGAACAAGAGAGGUUGCCUCCCAUGAGAGGAGAGGGUGAAGGAGAGGAGGAGAGAAAGGAGGAGAGAAGGAGGCAAUGGCAACCAAGUGUGGGAAUUGAGAGAGAAAGAGGGCAAGAAGGUGCGAAAGAGAUACAAGGGAGAAGAGUUAAAGACACAAAACAAAACUCAAAUGAAUCCAGACUGCAGGGCUUCAUCCUGAGCCUGCAGGAGGAUCUCAGGGUGCUGCUGGAGAGAGAGGAGGAUGGGAUGACCGAGCGGAAGGGACUGGUAGAGCAGCUCCAGGAGGCCCAGGAGAAUAGCCACUUCCUAGGCUGCAAGGUGGAGGAGAUGAAGGCAGAGGUGGACCAGCUGAAGCUGUCUGAAAACUUCUUGAUGGAGGAGGUUGAAGAGCUAAAAGAGGAGAACCACAGACUCCAGCAGAGUAUUACAGACGCAGCUAACCAAACAUCCACGGUGCCUGAGUCCACAUGCCCAGGUCCUGGAUCCAACACUCUCUCACAUACCACUGCCAUCGGACGUUACUCAGUGGGGAGUUCUGCAGAGGAACAUGUUACAUCGGUUGAAGGAACAGGCCAACAUCAUUCAUCUGCAGUCCCACCUGUUCACCACCAGGCCACAGCAAAGAGCAUGCAGAAAGACACAGAGGAUAACUCCUCAUCUGCCAUAUUAGAAACUCCAUCUGAAAUCUUUCAUCCCCUCAGUUCCAAAACCAACCCCAGCGUCCAGUCACUCUCCCUGACUACAGAGACAUUAGAUGAGUUUAAACUUGGGACCCGGCACUUCAAAGGGAUUGUAAACCUGGAGGAAAGCCCUAGUGAGGAAUCUGAUGCCCUGAGGGAUGCCUACAGGAGCUUGGGGUUGGGGGAGGAUCUUGAAGCACUUCAAGAUCAACGUGACCGGCUGGAGGUCUCAAUGGAGCACGUACAGGAGAAGCUGCAGAGGAUGGCUCACGAGAAUGCACAGCUGAAAUUACAACUCAGGAAAGAGGAAGAAGAAGCAGAGGCGGAGCAGAGGUCUUCAAGAGAAAAGAUUGGCACCCUACCCACCAGUGUUCGAGCUGAAGAUAACACCAUUCUCGCCUUCGCCCAAGAUGAUCUCGUCCAGGCCUUGAAUCAGGAGAACCGGGCCUUGGCGGACCGGAUCCAGGAGCUUCUGGUUCGAAUUGAGCUCAGAGUUGAAGAGAUCAAGAGGGAGCAAACACAGCUGAGGGAGCAUAUCUUCAAGGUGGAGGCAGACAGAGUUAGGCUGGAGCAGGACAACAAGGAACAAGAGUGUUUGAUUACCGAACUCACCAAGAAAACUGAGGAUGAUCUUAAUACCAUCAUGGAGCUACAGCAGAGGUUAGUGGAGAGUGAACAGCGUACAGAGGAAUCACAAGUUGGCAAGGAACUUAGUGAAUUUCAGUUAAAAAGUGAAUAUACAACUGCAACCUUGGGACAUUUUCAACAGAAGAACCUGGAAGAAUGUGGGGACAGUUUUGUGGAAAGUGGGCUAAAAGAGGAAAAAACACAGUUGGUGUUCAGUCAACAAUCAGACGAUUCGAGUGCAGCUUCUACGCUUGGUCCUCAACAUGAUCAUUACUAUGAUCUGUUGCAGAAUAGCCUACAAAGUAGUCUACAUGUUAGUUCAUUGACUGAUCAAGUGGGCCAGCUGACCAAGUCCAUCCAGAGUCUCAAAAUAGAAGAAGAGGAACUAUCAGGCUGCAUAAAUGCUCUCAGGGAGCAGCAGAGAGAAGUAGCUCUUUCAGUCCAAACACAGACAGAAGUGAAACAGCAGUUAACUCGGGCCGUUUGGGGACUGAAGGAGGAGAAAGACAGCAUCUCUCAGUCUCUGAGUGGUCUCAAACAAGAGAAAGAGCAGCUUACCAGGACAGUCUGUGGGCUGAAGGAUGAGAGAGACCAGUUUAUAAGGUCUAUGUGUAGCCUGAAAGAGGAGAAAGAGUUUUUAUCUGGUCUCAAAAGGGAAAAAGAGAAACUGUUAGAAUCUCUCUCCAGUGGAAAAGAAGAAAGGGAUCAAAUCAUGCAGUCACUGCACCAUUUACAGAACGAGAGUGACCAGUUAAGCCAGAUGGUGAUCCUUUUGAAACAAGAGAGGGACAAACUAACUGAUUCCCUCAAGUUACUGAAGGAACAGAGAGACAAGGAACAUUCAUCUUCCACUUCACAAGAAGACCGCGACAAGUUAGUAAAAUCAGUUAGCAGUUUGAGAGAAGAUGAAAAACAACUUGAACAUUCAAUCAGUGGUUUGAAACAGGAAGAAAAGCAGAUAAAGCUGUUACUUAAAGGCUUAAGAGAGGAAAGAAAUCUCCUCCAUGCUGCUCUGCCCAGCCAAACACAAACAGGGGGGAGGAAUCAGAAGCAGCAUCUGCUGAAUCCAAACAGUGCUGUUACGACCCAGAAUACUGAGACUUUUGAUGGAAAGGGAGCUGCACAAAGAUCUCAGACUCAUGACCACAGGGAAAGCUCUGCACAGGAGCAAAGUGAUCUGAAAGGGGAGAUUGAAGAUUUGGGGGCAGAACUAAAGAUGUCACGAGACAAACUGGACCAGAGCAACGUAGAUACCAAGAGGCUGCACAGUGAAUUGUGCCAAUCAGAAGUCAGGAGGGAGGAGGCAGAGAGAAAGUUGGCCCAAGCAGCUGAGAAGGUGGUGAGGCUUACAGAUGUAGCCAAUCAGAUGGAAGAAACCAGAAAGGAAAAUGAGAGCCUCAUAAUGCAGGUGAAGGAGCUUCAGAGCAAACUGACAGGUCUGGUCAGGGAGAAGACAGAUGCUUUGUCACUUAAGGAUCAAAUAGAGGAGCAAUACAACAUCCUUACAGCUCACAGACUGUGGCUCUAGAAGAGCUAAACUCCGAGUAUAUUGCUCUAAAACGAGGAGAGGGCAGCAAGGAUGAUCUGAGCGCUGUUCUCAUCUCACUCAGGACACGUUACAACGAAAUCAGAGCUAAGUAUGAUGCACUCCU